AUGUACGCCGUUCUUACCACCGUUCUCGCCUUUGCUGGCGCUGCCGUCGCCGCCCCGGGUUUGGAGGAGCGCCAAGCAGACAAGUUUAGCCUUCGCGCCACGGAGAAGCUGGCGGGAUGGGCUCUUAAGAACGCUCAUGUCGCUGCCGGCCAGAACGUCAUCCAGAUCCAACGGCCUUCGGUUUACAGCUCGGACCCUUCCUACUUGAACGGAACCAACCUAUACUUUGAUCUUGGAACUACUCCCCCUUAUGGUGUUCGCAUCCCCGAAGUGCCAGCCGGUUCCGUCGGACAGGUCUACUCUGAGCCCGGAGAGAAGACCCCUGGUUUCGGCGUCUCACCCGCCCAUCUCCUCACGUUCAACUCCUUCCCCACAGGUUUCUGGGCAUGCCCCGUGAACGACGUGUUCGAGCUUUUCUACGGUGCCGAGGCCGACCCGGCCAAGCUCCCGAGCAAGGACUGCCUCGCAAUUGAGUUGUCGGUUGGUGCCAUUUAG